AUGCUUUGUGAGUUUUUUUUCACACUUCAGAAAACCUUUUUUUUUUGAAAACUUUGUGUCAGCCUAUUAUUUUGACAUUUUUUAACAUGUAAACUAAGCUGUUAUGCUCCAAAUGAACAACUUUCACCAGUUUUAUUCUCAUCGAAAUGCGCGACAUCCCCGCGCAUGUCUGCAUAAAUGCGUGACGGUGAUCACACCAAGUCGGCGCGAACAUCUGGCCGAUUCGAAUUGCAUUAACUGGUUAUUGUGCCCUCUUCACUUCUGUUUGCCUUAAAAAAAGAAAACAUUGUUGCAGCCAGUGAUAAAUUCGAAUUGCGAGUUGAGAUGGAUGUCUCGAUGCUGCAGUCGCCGCAAAAGCGGCAGAGAACCAUCCAAAAACUAGCAGUUUCAACGGAAGAUGCUCGAGAACACAAAGAUAUCUUUGACAUGAUUGAAGAACAGAAAUUGGUAAGUUAUUGAAAAGCUGUGUAGAUUUUCAAGGAAGAUGUUGCAGAAACGAAAGAUCGAAGUUGUUUACUAUGAUAGUCUGAGCGAACUGGACUCCGAUUGGAGCGAAUACACAUUCUUCUGUGGAGACUUCAAAUCCGAACUGUACCGCACACUAACCAAGAAUGAAGAAACAGGUGCCAGUGCACAUCUUAUUGUCGGACCUGCCGUUUUAAGACACAAACUACAGACAGCACAGGUUGGUUGUAAAAUAGAAAAUGGAACCCGAAUAACAGAAAAUCCAUGAGAGAGUUGCAGGAUCUAAUGCCAUUGCGACCGUGCCGUCCUCUUUACUGUGAAUUGAUGAAAAAUGUGACGAUGAAGUUGUCAUCGGAAGUGACGAAUAAAAGAGAACUCGUCGAGUUGGUACAUUUCAUGGGAGGAAGUGUCAGGAAAGAUGUAAGUCGUGACUAGAUCGGAGUCUCUUCUAAUUGAGUUAGCUCAAAUUUCAGACCGUACAACGAACAAACGUCUUUAUUGGCGCCAAAGUGGAAGAGAAAGGGCAGGUGAGACAGAUAGAAUAUUUCGUUUUCUACUCUUCUGUUCGAGAAAAUAAUAAUGUCACCACAAAAAAGAUGGUGACAUUCAACUUGUGGCUACUGUGCAUUUGUACCUUUCUGCUCUCACUCACAUUGCUCUUCUUUUUCAGUCGAUGACAUUGUUUGGAGUCCCGACGUUGCGAGCAGACUGGAUCACAGAUUGCUGGAAAUAUAGAGACAAUCCGUACUUCAACGUGUUCGAGCAGAAAUUUGUGAGUUACUCGUACUUUUAAGGCGAAGUAAAGAGAAAAUUGCAGGUGGACAAUCACAAACUCGGAGUGUUCGAAGGACUCACGCUCUUCUUUCACGGAUUCAAACAACAAGAGAUCGACGACAUGGUCACGAACCUCGAAAACACUGGCGGGACUCUGGCUGAUGAGCCGUCGAAAGCAACGCACGUCGUCUACAAUCCUAUCAACGAUGAGAUCGAACCGUUGCCAGUCUCGCCGCACCAAGUGCACGUCACCCAAGAGGUUCGCAUUUUCCCGUCACUUUAUUCCCAUAUCUUGAUUCUCCUUUACAGUGGUUCUGGGUAAGUUUGCACAGAGGGUGCUGCGCAAUGGAAGACAAUUUCGCCCUGCCAACUGGAACUCUCCGUCGGAAACAACUCGAAAACGGGACCAUCAACAGCCCGCUCGGCAAAUCGGUCCGCUCACAGAACUCGAGAUCUCUGUCGUCGAUGCGUGACUGCAGUGCGGAGGGACCGUCUCUCAACAUGACUCCCGACUACAUAUACUCGAACGAUGACGUGGAAAACAUGUGCAAGUCGCCACGCCAGCCCUCGAAGCGUCUACGUGUGUGCAUGGAAAUGGUGGAAACUGAGAAGAACUAUGUGUCUCUUCUGAAGUUGGUCAUUAAGGUAAGAAAAAAGGAACAGUAGGCCUGAAAAUGACUAAUUUCAGUUUAAAAGUGCACUCGAGAAGGAGUUGACCCAGAAUGAGUUCAUGCCCAAAUCCGACGUCGGUCUUAUGUUCGGAAAGAUAGACUCAAUUCUCGAACUACAUGAGAAGAUCUAUGCGAGACUGACGGCGAUGCUGAACGAGGCAAACAGUCUUCUUUCUGUGGCGAACGGAAAGAAAAACGAUGACAAAAGUCUUGACUUUGCUCAAGUUUGGAUCAACGCGAAGGAAGAGAUGAAGAAGGCGUACCCGCAGUAUCUCAACUCGUACGAUACCAUUAAACGAUGUUUCGACAAGUACGACCGGGAGAACUCAAAGUUCCAUACAUUCUGCAAAGCGAAAGAAAGUAAUCCGGAGUUUCAUCGUCUGAAACUAUCUGAUCUGAUGGUGAAGCCUGUUCAACGCCUUCCGAGUGUCGUGCUCCUUCUCAAGGAAAUGUACAAAAAGUCUGAGUCGUCGCGACUUAAGAACAGCGCCGACGAAGCCGCCAAAACGAUUGAUGAGGUGUUGAAGUGAGGCGGAAUUGUAGACAAGAAUGCAGAAUAAAAAUGUGCUUUUCAGAAUCGCAAACAAGACACGCGAGAGAAACGACAAUUUCAUCUCUCACAUGAGCAAGUUCACUGAUAUCGAAAACGUGCCGGUAAGUUUGUAUGCCUUGCGAAUGUUAUCCAAAUUAAAAGUAUUGUAGCCAACACUCGUGGCCGCGAACCGUAUGUUCAUACGUGAACUGGUGGUCUCACCGAUUGCGAGCACUUCGCAGCGUCUUCAGCAGUUUUCAAAGAUGAAGCUGUUCCUGUUCCACGAUGUGUUAAUUGUAAGUGGCCUUUGCUCCGCUGUCGUUUUUAAUUUCGAAUUCGCAGAUCACCAAGAUACGGAGCGAAAAGAACACUAUGCAGCGAAUUGCGAGACAAGCUUCGUGGGCUAGUUUGCACUCGAGACAAAGAAGACCGUGAGGCGUUUGCAGAUAAUUCACUACAAAUCUAUUCCUUCUUCAGAUACAAGUACAUUGAUCAAAUACAAUUGGUCUCGAUGCGAAGUGCUACCCGGAUUCGGCCGCCAGAUGACAUUUCGAAAAUCAUUGAAAUUCAGCAGCAUGUUCCGGGAGCCGUCAAACCAAAAGACGUGUUUGUUUGGUGUCUGAUUCACCGCGACGAGCAGGGCGGCGACACGGAAACGGUAUUCGAGUCAAGUGACGGCGAAGAAGUUCGAGACUUCCUCGACGACAUCCACGUCAAAAUUCUGAGCAACUGCGGAAGAUUUUUCCUGAUGCCAGACACGAUAGACGCUUCUCAACUCGACGAUCCAAUGGUGGCCGAUUUGACAGUGCGGUAUUUCAGAGGGUGAGUGCACGCACUUUGAAAACGUUCUGAAUUCAAAUUUCAGUCUUUGUGGAACAAAACAACCGAACGGACACGGCAGUCAAUUGAACAUAACGUUGAGCGAAAGGACGCCGCGAAAUGUGAGAAAAUCAUUCUGGAACGUUAAAUAUUGAUGUGUUUCAGGAAUGGUCGCAUAAUGACACAGCGAUGGGACCGCCUGUUUCACAGAAUCGAAUGCGGAGAGCAAUAAGUAAUGUGCAGUUGACUCUGGCUAGCACUCUUGGAUUCGGAAGAAACCCCAGUCGCAACAACUUGGGACAGAUCAGUCAGUUUUGUAUGUUGAAUCUGAUGUACAGCGUGCUCUUUUCAGACGAGAACUCAUCCUACAUGGCUUCUCCGAGAGUCUCGUGCGAUCCGGCGGCACUCGCGAACAUGACUUCCGUGGGAAUGUCCGGGUGCAACGACGAGACGGAGUCGACGCCGAAGAGAGGCCUCCGGUAAGCCGGCUGCUGUGAGGCUCCUUCACUUGAUUCAUCAGCUAUUUCAGUGCCCGACUCACCUCAUCCACUUUCCUCAAUCGCACCAACUUACUGGGACGCAACACUUCGAUACGCCGCCAGAAUGCCGCGUUCUCACAUUCGGAGAAGGACGGUCCUAGGUCGAGAACCUCUUCGCAUCGUGUCACCGAUUUGUGAAUGACUCCACUUAUUCAUAUUUUGAUCGAUCAUUCUCUUUACAACACGUUUAUCGAGAAAAAAAACGACUGUGAUUGAGACAUGUCUUCCUGUGACAAGGCGCAUGCUCCGGUGUUCUCUGCUCACUUUCGGCAGCCCCUUCUACGUGUUCGGUCUCCAUUCAGACGGAUUGCCUCUCCUUUUUCUGCUCUCUCUCUCUCUGUUCUCAUUGAUUCACUUCAGUGCCUACCGUGCUUUCCCCUAUCUCCUCUUGUCUCUUAUCUGCUCCCUUUUUAAAUUUCCGUUUCGUUUUUGUUCUGCCGCCUAUCCUUUGUAUCAUAUUGAUUUACCGUAGGUGUUCGUUCCGUUUGUCCCCUUUUCCUGUCCCCGACCCUUGUUCCUGACUUUUCCUCCGUAUCAUUUUCCCCCCAAACCACUUGUACGUCAUUCUUAUCCGCACUGGUUACGGCCCGCUUCGGGUCGUCUAAUCGGUCCUUUUUUCCCGGCAACAACUUCACGAUCACUUUUUUUAUUCAAAUUUUAUUCUUGUUAGAAAAUACAAAAGGAGUUUAAAUAAAAUUACUCCUACUGAAAAGUUCAGAGCACCCGAGACACAACACACAUAUCGGCGGGAAAGGAAGAGAACAAUCGAAUAGAUACUUGAGCAGUGGCAGCAAGGAAUUAGUGCAAAAAAGAGGAGGGGCGAGAUUCAGAUGGCCCCUGGAGAUUCCAUAUCGGGCCGGGGAGACGGGCUCGCGUGCCGCCUGGCUCUCAUUCAUCCGCCGCUUCUGCAACCUCUUCGCACCGCGCAUUAGUCUAUCAGAUUCCGCAUAUUUUUUGUGCUCGCCCAGCAAGUGUUUCGUUGUUUUUACGAAUCGUCUGUUCUGAUGAAUGAAGAGACCAAGUGAACCUCUGAAAUUUUGAAUUCAGGAGAAGAACUGCAUCGGUCGGAUGGAAGAAGCAGAAAUGACGGCGGACGACGCAUCCAAGUGAGCCCUUUUCCGUAUUCCAGAGCCGGUGGGUCCGUUUAUUUCGGUUCCGGGGGACUCGUCUUCUCCUUCUCCUUCUUCUCCUUCUUCCUUCUAAUUAUGCAUCUUCUCUCAUCUUCUCCCCCUCUUCUUCGUCGGUUUUUUGUGCUCAUUCCAUGUUUCUUUGUGUGCCACCACCCAGCUCUAUGUGUUGUUCUUCCGUGCACCACACUUCUUCUCCUUCUUCUCCUCCUCCUUCAUAUAUAUUCUGCGGAAAUAAACUAAGUCAAAGUUUGGCUCAAGGAUCCCUUCCUAUACAAAUAGCAGUGCCAAGUGGUGGGAAAAAGGACACGAGGGGAAGGAAGAAUGUAGCAUUCGGAAGGGAAAAAUGUGCUCUCGGGGGAGAUGACGAACACCUUCCGGAGAGCUCUGAAGGAUUAGAAAGAGAACUUUGAGCCCAUAAGGAUUCUUGGAAGUUUUGUGAAACUCCAGUGGAUCAGUUAGUGGGGGCUCGGGCAGCUGCUGAGACUCUGUUCUUCUCCUCCGUUUUUCCUUCUUUUCUUUCCUUUUUCUGCCUCUCUUUUGCUCCAACGCAAGACGAUAGCUCAAUUAUCCAAACGCACACACACUAACGCAGAAAUACACACACAAAUGCAUCACAUUCGCACUCGGACCCUUCCUUUUUGUGUCCUUCUCCCGCUUCCAGUAACAUUUGACCUAGAGUCCCCAAAAAUGGCUCUUUUUCGGUGGGGUUUAAUUUAUUGAGGUAUUUUUUCAAAACGCAAACCCCAAAACCACUCCGUCUUCUUCUCCUUUUUCUUCUCUCUCAAUUCCACGUCAUACUCAUCCACCAAGUGCUCGGCUCCGCCCGUUUCUUCCCCUCUCCGCUUCCUUUUCCUAAUCCUCCUCCCAAAAAUAUUUAUUGUUCCCUCUGGCUCCGUGCUCCAUGCCGUCCAUUUCCCAUUUCACAUUUCUCACUCAACCUUUCCGAGUAUGCAAUUUGUAAUUUCGGCCUCUCUCUCCGUCACAAAACGAACGAUCUCGGGUGAGACGGAGAGCUCCGCCGUGAGCCCGGAUGCGCCGGCGUCUCCGCCGAUCACACGCUCUCUUCGCGUCUAUCAAACCGCUAUAUAAUCAUUUGGGAGGAGAGGGGCCCGAGCAUUGGAUUUUCAAAAUCUGAGAGGUCGAUUCUCGACUUUUCUCAUUGAGCAACUCAAUUCAGAGCUCGCCGAUUUGAGACUGUAACUCAACCAAUAACUUCUCACUUCUUCCCACUUUUUCCUUACGCAACCCGACAUUUCGCAACUAACGUGAACUACUUAGCGAUAAAUUGCACUGUGAAAGUUCACGUCGGGAAUCCAUUUUUCGAUUAUUUUCAUGGGAGUUUCUAAACACAUUUUAAGAUCCGAAUAUGAAAGUAGGAAAAUGUUCCCCAGAACCAUUCCGAUGUUCUUCAGAAUUGACCAAAUGGUACACAUAGGUGCUUUCCUGGUUAUGAAUUCCAUUCAUCUCCUUGUUCCUCCUCUCCCAUUUCUUUUUCUGAAACGAGUUCACAGAAACGAGAAAGUGCUCAUGGAUGCUCACGUGGAGCUCGAGUUCUCACACUUUACACUCCAGUUUUUGCCUCUCAAGAGAAUCGCGUUGCCGGAAAAAACAAAACCAAAAGCACUUUCACGAAUGGCGAUAAAUCACAAAAGUGAUUAUAUUGUCAUGCCAUCCGGUUGUAGCUCGAGACGUGUGUGUAAAAACAAACUGUCACAACAGUGGUCCUCUUUGCUCUCGGAGCAUGUGUUGUGUGGCCGCGGGUGCCCGGCGGCUCUCCCUCUAAAUCUAUUGUUUUUGCGAAUUGUGUGUAACAAAUAUGCUCCGUGGCCCUCCAGUCCCCCAGAGCCGAUCUAGUUUGCAUUUUCAGGUGCUCGACAGGCAGCACGCGAGGCCUAUGGCCGAUGCCGUUACAAUCCGGUGAGUUCGAAAGAUCAUGAGAAGAAGAGUUUACGAAAAUGAUUGCAGAGGAAGAACGGAUACGUGAAGUGUUGCGAGAGUUAAAAUCGAGGAAAGAAGGCGGUGACGUAAAGGAGGACAUCGAGAGAAUCGAGAGAAUUCUCAGGGAUCCGCUUUUCAAACAGCUCUCCCAUCAAGUCGGUUUUUGUGAACCUUCUCUAGCAGUCGAUAUUCAUGGGGGAAUUCUAGAAAACCUUCUUCGUGCUCAAAACUUGGAGUGUGUGACAAACCUGUAGAAAAAUGUCAAAAACCGUAGAAAUAAGUACGUAAACACAUACACUAAAAUGCAGAAAAUUCAGAAUAUUCUACUCCUCAUGGCAUUUUUUAAUCGUUCUAUCAAAUUUUCAUGUCUCAAAUGGGUAGUUACUAAAGGGGCGAAAGGCAAUUAAAAAGGAGUCAAAACAGUGUGCGCGCACCUUGCCCCGCCCAUUUCUACGGGAUUUGACUCUACGGGUUUUGGAAUCCACGGGUUUCGAAUUUUCUACGGGAUUGUCACACACUCAAAACCUGUGCAUAUUUCAGUCGUUCAAUUGUUUUCCCUUCUCCCUUUGAGACCCAUUUCUCACCUGAAUGCUCCUCUAAAAAUAUUCAGUAGAUGACGUGAUUCAGCUGCAAACGCUUCCUCCCGCGCUCUCUGCUCCUUCUCAAUUCUUCUCGUUUUUCAGCCAGAGUCCUCGCACGAAGCCUUCAACCCAGAUAGUCUUAGAAAUAGUAAGUUUCUAUUAAACUUAAUUUCGGACUUCUUACACUUGUGUCAGGUGAAGCCGAAAAGCGAGUUGCUGAGUUCAGCCAGAGGAUUGAGUGUAGUGAGAUCCGGAAUAAUCUCAAGCCCAAUCAAGUUGGUAUUUUCCCAAAGUUCACCUCAAACUCUCUGCUUUCCAGAAGCUUCUGUUCGUCCACGUGGAUGCGAAGAAGGUCGAGCCAGUGGUUCUAGAAACGAAAGAGAAGCAAUCACGCCUGCUGGUCGUCGGCCCAAAAGACGUCAAGAAUCGGUGGGUAGUAGUCGUUGUCGCUCGAGAUUCAGCUGUCAUCUCUCCGGGGUUGACGUCUUCUUCUUCUCAUUCUUCUCCUCCUCCUUCUUCUUUUUCUUCUUCUUCUUCUUGAUAGCACAUCAAUUUGUUCUCGCGACGGGGCCACACCGCCAGUCUCCCGUGCAAUAAAAACUCAUCGGCGAGACAAAAGGAUGCAGGAAGCGGGCGAAAGCGAGACGCCAUAGAAUGCAAAAAGAGAAGAAGACGAAGAAGAAGGAGCAGAAGCAGAAGCAGAAGCAGCAGCCGGGACGACGACGUUGUGUCUCAAUUUCGGUUUUCAUGCUUUCGUGUCUCGGUUUUCAACUAUUCAUGCGGUGUUCCGCUCUCUUUACGGCCACGAAAGAGCCCCAGUGAACCAGGCGAUUUCGGAAGGUCUUUUCCCUUCUUCUUCUUCUUCUUCUUCUUCUUCUUCUUCUUCUUCUUCUUCUUCUUCUCCUUUCCCGUCUUCCUCAUUCAAGAAAAAGAGAAGCAAAGAGAGUUGAUUGAGUUUUCGUAAGGGUCUCUAUCUCUGGCGGCGAACUCGAUUAUUAAUGAAGUGACGGCUCGUUCUUCGUUGCCUCUUCCUUCCUUUCUUCCCCAAUCCCCCAAAUUGCAUAAGUAGUCGUUUUUAGUGGCUUCCGAGUACGAGUGCUCUGCCUACUUGUCACUGCUCCACUGGCGGCCGCCACGAAGAAGCGUGGAGCACAGCGCGGAAGGCUAGAGCGGGGAAAUUGGUGUUGGUGUUAGUUAGAGCAAUGAGCCGGCAAACGAGUUGUUGAAGAGAUAGGCGCCGAGAGAGAAAGAACCAGUCGGAAGGCGGGCAGGCCUCUCUCGGUGCCCUCCGUCCCUCUGGCUAAUCGCCUUGUUCGGAGACACUAUCCACAAGAGCUCUCUUCUUUGCCCCGUGAUCAUUUCGUUCCGAUUCGGCUCCGCGGCUCCACGUCUCCGCAAAAUAGUUGACUGCGCGUGUGCCGAAAGCCAAUUGAAAAGAGCGAAUUGGUCGGCGAGGCAAUAAUAUCCCCGUGCUUUUGUUCGCCCACGAAUUUCCAUUCCUCGAGAGGGACGAGAGCUCCAUCCAACUUCCCGCCCGCACUUUCUGCCUAUGAAGCAGCUCAAUUAGUGAGUGUGUGAGAAUAAAGAAGUUUGCAGAAGAGAGAGAGAGCGAGAAAGUGCACUGCCGACCAAAUAUCAUUACGUUCCUCGCCUCUUCACUUCCGUAUGGAACUAUGAAUAUUCAUGAGAUUGUCACGUCGCGUUCUAUUCCCUACUGUAAUCAGUAAUGCCUGUGCUCCACACGUCUCUUUCGGAGCCCCUCUCCCACUCUCACUAUCUUUUCCCACGCGGUUUCGUUUCCCGCCAACUUGUGCAAGAAGGCUUUCCUCUUCCGAAGAGUAUCUUUGGCGUUUGGCCUGUGUAGCCUUCGUCGUCGUCGUCGCUUUCGUCACCAUUGCCCUAUUAAUAAUACGUUUUGUUUGAGAAUAUCCGAUUUCCGGUCACUUACGCAUUCCUCCUUCUUCUGCUUACAGAUCAGCUGGCAAACUUCGGAUCGGAGAUUGCGUGGUGGCCAUCGAUGCGUGUGGUGGUUGCUCGGCGCCUUCUGCUCUUCCGACUGUCUCUGACACGAACGGAGCUCCGACGACUGCCCAGUUCCGGCUACAUAACCGUGAGUCUUCUCCAGUGUUCGCUCGAGGGCACCCUCCCAUUUUUGCAUCCUUUUCUUUCCAUCUCCUCCCAUCGGACGGGAGCGUCCUAACUUCUAUUCAAUUUGUGCACUUGCUGCUCGUUUCCCUCUCUCUCCUUCUCCCCCUUUCUCUCCAUGACCUUUUCAUUCCGUUCCACUUUCAUUCAAUCGUAUUGCAGAGACGAUAGGCAAAUCGACGUUUGAGACUGCGUGCCGUCAAUCGGUCUGUGCUCAUCAACACCUGGUCGUCGGUGUUAUUCGUGAAGCAACUCCCAUGGUGGUGAGUAUCGUUCCUCUUUUGGCCGACUAGGCGAUGUGUUGGCGGCGGAAGAAAAGAGUCGAAGCUUGCAAUCAGACCCACUUUUGUUCUGCUUUUCGGCUCGAGAUUCAAGAGUCUGAUAUCUCGUUUUUACUUCUUUUGCGCCGACUCUUUGGACUAUUUUGGACGAAGGCUCUAGUCAUAAACAAACUAGUCGCGGGGGAUGAUAAAAACGAGCGACCUUUGUAACCGGAUUCUAGUUUGUACUAAUCAAAAGCGUAAAAGUUUAUUUUGAAAGCGUUAGAUUAAAGUCUACUCAUAGUUUAUUCCAAAUCUAUUUGAGGAGAGCCAAGUCUGCGGUAAGGGGUACCUGGUCCCUGUCAACCUGAUCCUCUCGCUCCCUCAUGUCUUAUCAUUAUCAUCUCAUUUCUGGCUGGUCCGUCGUGUCUGCCUCCUACUUUCUUUCCGGCGCCCGUCUCUCUUUGCGGGUCUCUCCGCAAUCACUUUACUCUUUCCUUGCGUUCGUGGCGUCUCGAAUUUCAAGGCAAAUCUACUCGACUUCUCCUUGUUCUCCAAGUUUCGCAAAGAUUUAUGUGUCAUCCUCGGCCGCCGCCGCCUCCAGAGUGCUAUUCGAGUCGUCGCUUUGUUCGCUUCGGAUCGGAAACAGAUGCUCCGACUGCCACGACAUCACUUCUUGCCACGUCAUCACACGAAACCUCUUUUCCGCACUCUUUCCUUCCUGUUUUUCUUCGUUUCCGCCUCACAUUAUUUGCGGGUGUCUGCUCCGUCGUUUCUGUUCCCGCAUUCAUCAUUUUGCCAAUCAAUCAAUCAUUGCCAUUCCGCAGAUCGGCUCGCAACUCGCGAUAAUCUAAAUGCCCACCAAAUCGAAAAAGUUCGCAAUCAACAAAGUCAAUUACCAGGUGUCGCGCGGUAAUGUCAGUUAGAAAGAAGCUAGGGAAGAGUGGGAGAGGGACCGAGUGGAAAAGUGCGAAUAAUUUCAGUUAUCGGGCGACUGGACACAAGUCGAAGUGAUCCAUCUGAGCACUGAAACUGGCGGACUCGGCUUCGGAAUCGUCGGCGGAACUAGCACUGGAGUUGUCGUCAAGACUAUUCUUCCAGGCAGUCCGGCAGAUAAAGUAAGUCCUAGAAGUGAGGAAGAUGAGUGCAAGCGGAGUGGUUUGCAGGAUGGACGCCUUCAGCCCGGGGAUCACAUUCUGCAGAUCGGGAACAUCAAUACUCAUGGAAUGAGCAGUCAACAGGCAGGCUCUUCUUUUUUUACCUUUCUGACCAUAGUCCUAGUGAUGCUUUUUUUCCAGGUAGCCACGAUUCUCCGUCACCAGCACCCGACAGUCGACAUGAUCGUGGGCCGUCCGAUCGCCUACGCGGACAAGCCCAUCGACACCCCAGGUACUCUCCAUUAAUCUCAGUCACGUCAUCCCAUCCCAAACUAUAAAAUAGUCGUUCAACACUUGUUUUUCGAGAGUUUUUGCCUCCCGAAACAUCUUCGUUCGCUCGUUUUUUUAUGUUAUUGUGAACAGCUGUCAGCAACUCGCUCCUCCCCAGAGGAAAAAUUCUCGCGAGUCGGAAUAUUGAAUAGUGGUUGCGUCUCUCACUUCUGAACUCUCUUUGAGCUCCUCCUGGAGGUGUUCUGCAGUACAGUCUUCCAUCAUCCGGUCCCUAGGGUUUCCCGACAUUUCCUUCUCUUUUCAUCGCCACUCCCCCUCUUCUAGUCUCUCCAUUUCAAUAGUAGGUAGUAAUGUGCAUUGUGUUCGGAACCAACGAUAUCAUGAAUGCGUUGAAUAUGUAGAUGCGACGAAUGGCUCCUUCUUCUUCUCUUCUUCUUCGUCUUUUCCGUAUUUCCUCAAGGUCUUGUGUGUAAGCACGACCCGUAUGCGUGAGCAGUGUCUGUCUCUGGCCGCGCGAGUGUGUGUAUCCGUUGUGUCCCAUCUCAUUCUCUUCUGCGGGGUCCAUAUUCUCGUUUUUCUGCCCGCUCCUUUCCCGUCUAAGGCUAAAUUCGUUACCGAGUUGCUAGUUGCCCCCACCCGCCCCAGACGAUUCACCCCGCCCGCAUCCCUAUCAAUUCGUCCGCACGAAUAUCUGAACUCUGUUGCUACUCAAGCCAAAUUGGAUUGUAAAGUUCUGCUCUCCUAGUCCUUUUCUGCGACUCAAGCAGUGUCCGAGUCUGGCGCAGUUGGGUCAUAAAAGUUCUGAUUGGAUGGGCUCUUUUCGUCGUCACUCGGCUACUUCUUCGCCCGCCGACGACGACUCGCAGCCAAUUUAUCGUUCCGCGCAUAUUCCAUAAAUGGCUUCUUCUCCUUCGUUUUCCUUCGUUUUCUCCCCCCUUCCUCGCAAUUUGCCUUUUUUCGUCGUCGUCCUCGUUUUCGGCACCGGCAGUUGCUGAAGAACUCAGUUAAUGAAGUAGUUUGAGAGCGAGACGAGCAGCCACAAAUUCAAAUCCAACUCAAUUUGGCUUUUUCUCCCUCUUCUUCUGACCCCUAACUUCCCCCAUUUUCUGCAUUUAAUUUCCACUGAUUCCUAACUUUUCAGAGUGUUUCACAUUGGCCACAAAAGCGGCUCUUUGUGCCACGACGCUCGAAGAAGCUCUGCAGCGCCAAGUACAUAAUCAAUCACUUCCCCUGACAAACAAUAACAUUCAGAUGGCAACGUCGGCUCCAUCCACCGCUGCGAAUCAGACGCCAACUACAGUUUCUCCGUCCAUCAGUUGCGCGCCCAUCGAGGAGGAAAAAGAAGAGCCAGAGCCGACGACAUCUCGAGCCGAAGUCCUCCAACCGGUCAAGAUAACCACGUACAUGCCAGAUACUAUAGAUUUGAGGUGAGUGCUUUUCCGAGAGUCAAUCGCUUCAAUUCAGUAAUUGCAGAAAGCCAUGUGAUUGUGCACCGAAUUAUAAUCGGAGGGACAAGGAAAAACGGAGAAGUAGUUGUGCAGGAGGUGAAGACGGCGAGGGAGAAUCCAAAAAAGCGAAGGGAGAAGAGGAAAGAGCAGAAGAAGUCGGGAAAGACGAAGCGGAGAUCAAAGAGGCCGACGGGAAAGGUGAGUGCCGUCAGACUUUCCGGCUGACGACCGAGCCUUCCAUUAUUCAGAUGAAGUUGGAGAAAUGGUGCGGUCGCCGACUGUGGAAACGGGCCAAUCAGACGAGAAUUCGAUAGUGACUAGUGUUAGUCGUAGCAGCAAACGGAAUAGCAAUUCAAUCACUUCGAGGAUUUCGCUCAAGUCAUUGCAGGAAAUGGUCCGUCGUUCCUUCUUUCCUCAUUCUUUUUCAUUUCUUUCCAGGCUCUCACAGUAUUUUUGCGGGAGAACUGGGAAUCGACCAAGUUCGAGUUGAUUGAUGUGGCAUUAAAUCGUGAUCCGGCACUCGGUCUCGGUAUUACUGUAGCUGGAUAUGUUCAUAAGAAAGGUUUGUCCAAUACACAGUAGGAAGAGAGGUGGCCCACACGCAUACACACAUACAAAUCUUGUUGAGUUUGGAGAAGAGCCAAUUUGUGGUGGCGCCGCCGUCGCGACGCUCGAGGGAGCCCGUAAAUCGAAUUUAGUGCAUUUUGUCGUCUUCUUAAGUCGACACGCGCAUUGAAGAAGAUUCAGAAGAAGGGGAAAAAAGGGGGAGAAGAAGUAGACGGGAGGGGUCCUCGUGCGUACACUGAAUCUGCUCGACGCUAAACCGAAUUAUAUGCCAAGAGGCCACGAAGAAACGAGGUGUUUGCAGAAGAAAUCGGUGGCAUUUUCGUGAAGUCGCUGGUCCCUCGCUCGGCCGCUUCUUCCAGUGGAGUCAUCAAAGUGCACGACCUUAUUCUAGAGGUACCUACACUUUUCUGAAUGCUCUUUUCUCCAUUACAUGCUUUUUGUAGGUUAACGGUACAACUCUCGAGCACAUGUCGCAUGCGGACAGUGUCCGGACACUUGUCAAGUCUGGAGAUCAAGUCAAACUGAAACUAGUCCGGUUUCCACUGAGCUCUCCGCAGGCACAAUGCCUGAAAAUGCUGCAACAACAAGAAACCGAAACGCAAGUGAUUGACGUGAAGCUCUCGAAUCCAGAUCUGUUGAAAGAGUGGAAGAGUCGGAUAGGAGACGAUAUAGAUAUAGUCGCGGCGGUUGUGAAGCCAGACAGACAAUCGGUCGACGGAGGACUCGGCAUCUCACUGGAAGGGACUGUCGAUGUGCUGAACGGAGCACAACUAUGCCCUCACCAUUACAUCGAGUCGAUCAGACAGAACGGGCCAGUAGCGAAAACGAAGCAGCUACAGGCGGGAGACGAACUGCUGCAAGUGAACCACUCUCCCCUGUACGGAGAGUCCCAUGUCACUGUGAGACAAGCUCUGACGAGAGCAGUUCAUUCGGGAGCCCCAGUAACUCUGAUCGUGGCCCGGAGGUAAUCAAUCUCACGGAUUACAUUGUUUCCGAACCCUCAUGCUUUCAGGUCCCAACAUCUGCACCUCUUCGAGCCGACGACCUACGAGAAGCAGCUGCCGCUGUCGUUCCCCUUCCUGGCUGCCAAUCAGGAGACUGUCGUGAAAGCCAAAUCAGACCUUGAUUUGACGUCCACAAGGGCGGAAACGACGCAUCUCCUCCAUAAGGUCUCCAGAAGACUGAGGUCGAAGUCACUGGAGAACUUUCACGGAUUGGCAGUUUGGAACUGUGUUCCUCUCGUCAUUUAUCUGUGCAAAGACUCGCGAGGUCUCGGCUUCUCGAUCGUCGAUUAUAAAGUGAGUACUAUGUUGUUUCUGCUAUGGAAAACGGCAAUAUUGUAGGAUCCAACACAUCGCGACGAAAGUGUCAUCGUUGUACAGUCUCUGGUUCCCGGAGGAGUUGCACAGGCGGACGGACGAAUCGUUCCCGGUGACCGUCUUUUGUUUGUGAACAACCACGAUCUGUCUAACAGCAGGUAACUUACCUUCCGGGGUCCCAUAUCCAAAUUGUUUUUUUCUAGUCUCGAAAGAGCAGUGGCAGUUCUUAAAGCUGCUCGAAUGGGACCAGUGCGGUUGGGUAUUGCGAAGCCGAUUCCAGUCGACCAGGUAUGUUUUCUUUUCCCCUCAAACAUAUCGGCACCGUCAAAGAAUGACUCUCCCGGAUGACUCAUCCUUUUAUCGUUACGAAAUAACAUUAUGUGAUACAAUUCCUCUUCAUUGCCGAUAUAAGACACCCUCGGUUUCCGCGAAGCCAAACAUUUUGAAUCCAUUCUCGGUCCUCCCGCGUUUUCUUUCUUUUCCCUUUCACUUCUUUCCAUUAUAGAGUAUUCAGUGCGGCUUCUGUCCAGAAAAAAGGAAGAAGGCAGUGGGUCCGAGACACAACUUUUUUCGACGCAAAACGAGUGACUCGGAACGUCGGGCUCUCUAAUUAUUUACCACGUUUUCGGGCUCUCUCUCUCUCUCUCUCGCACUUUCCCCUCUUUAGAAGACAGGAAACGAGGAGAUGUACCACUGACCUGGAUCGGUUUCCGGCUCAUUCGAUGUGACAGCUCCGUACGUAAACGUAUAAAGCGGCUCUGAUCCGUAGUGCCCCCGUGAAUAAAGAGAUCUCUGUUGCCACGUCAAAAUAGAAAUGCGACGAGAUUUCCGCGGCGUGGGAAUUAGCGAGCAGUCUGCUUCCUGUCUGUGUGCUCCAUAUCAGCGGCGAAGAGAAAAGAGGAGCACCGCGCAAUGUCCUCAUCGUAUUUACACGCCGAAUACGUGAAGAGAGGAGAGAGAGAGGGGGCUUGCCGCCCGCGCAGAGACGAGCCCACGGCGUCCAUUCGAAUAUAUUCGCUAAUUUAUCUAAAAUGUCGGGCAUCGUCGCUCUCCAUUCUAGUGGCUUCUUGCUCUCUGAGAGCCCGCGGCCCUUGCUCUUGCUCCCUUUUAAUACCUUGCUCCGUCGACCAAUGUUUGUCGCUGUGUCCUCCGUAGGGAGCACACUCUCUUCGUGCUCUUUCAAACACAUUUCGCUUCGCGGGGGGACGUCGACGUCUUCGGGCGAGGGAAACAACUGAGCAAAUUGUCAUUUCUAAUUUCGAAUUCAUUCAGUUGACUGUAUUAGUCUCUUGUGUUAUUUAUUCGCAAGUCAAUCUUCUUCCGGUGUGACCCUUUUCCAUUCUUCUCCGGUCCGCUCAACCUCAUCUAAAUUCAUGUCAUUUUUUUCGCUUCUCUCCGUCUCACACCCCUUUUCCUUCCAGAAUUUCGCGGAUGAAUGCGUGUUGCAUAUAUAAUUUUCACCCCGAAAUUCCCCGAUAUAUCCUAUUUGUUAUUGUUGUUGUCGCAUUCCGAUACCUCUCUCUUUCAGUCACAAUUCACUUCGCAUUCGCCGCUCUGCUCCAGAAGCGAACGGUUGCUGGCACGAGGGAGAAGUCCGCGCGGACGGCGAAGAUACGUAAGUGUUCAAUGAGCCAGAGCUUAUCAAAGAGUUGACACUUCAGAUAUCGGGCACAACAUCGAGCCAAGAGACUGUGUGGAUCGGCACCGCUGACCAGUACCGAAAACUUCAUCCUCAGGUGAGCCUCUCAGGUUUUAUGGCUGAGAAACGGCGAAUGUGCUUCUCGCUUUCCACCUUUCGCUUUUUGUGCAGAGGGGAAAUGUGAUUUCAAGUGGUACAACCUGUGCCCUCUGAAUGACUUUCCCUUUCUAAAAAUCGAAUCUGUGCCCUUCUUUUCUCUAUUUUGCGGAGAAGUUAUGCAUCGUUUCGGCACUUGUCCUCCCUCUCUCUCUCUCUCUCUCUCUCUCGAGUUGAGAGCAUCUUCGGCCUCCUUCCUUCCUAAUUCUAUCCGACUGGCCUACCCGUCUCUUUUUUGUCAUUCCCUUUCGAUGCUUCUCCUUUUCCUUCUCCUUUUGCACGACAACAAGAAGCCGAACGAGAGCCUUUUCGGUCUUUUUCCUUUGGCCGUUUCACCACUGUCCUCGUCCAUUCUUUCAGGGCUAUUAUCCAUCGCGAAGUCCGUCGACAGCACGCAGUGAACGGAGUCUUGACGGAGUACGUUUCCACUUCUACCGCCCCUUUUCUCACCUUUCUUUCGCUUCGGUUUGCCCAUCACUUUGCCACCAGGGCAAACGACUUAGUCCGAUUUCCGGAUUAG